UUGACCUCAUUUCCGCCAAAAACACAGCAAUGGCUGGGAAAAAUUUGUUGCUGUUGAAGAGUGGUUUCAACCCAGCACUAAGUCUGUUAUUAAGAAGACCGACUGCAUUAACAACAGUAUGUAGGUCAGCAGGCUCACAGAAACAGGCUGUUCAAGAAACAAACAGUUCAGAACAACCUUUAACAGGGCCAGGAAUAACAGAGCCCAUUCCUUACUCACCAUUUACACCCGGUUUACAAGAUGCUUCAAAAGCACAGUGGGUAACAGCACGAAUUGAUGAUGCAGUAGCAUGGUGCAGGAAGAGUUCAAUAUGGCCAAUGACUUUUGGUCUGGCCUGUUGUGCUAUAGAGAUGAUGCAUUUUGCUGCACCAAGAUAUGAUAUGGACAGGUUUGGUAUAGUUUUUCGUGCUAGUCCUAGGCAAGCAGAUUGCAUGAUUGUAGCAGGGACACUCACGAACAAAAUGGCACCAGCUUUCAGAAGAGUUUAUGAUCAGAUGCCUAAUCCACGAUGGGUGAUUUCGAUGGGAAGUUGUGCCAAUGGGGGAGGAUAUUACCAUUAUUCUUAUGCUGUUGUCAGAGGCUGUGAUAGAAUUGUACCUGUUGAUAUAUAUGUUCCAGGGUGUCCACCAACAGCUGAGGCAUUACUGUAUGGAUUUUUACAAUUACAAAAGAAAAUCAAGAGAAUGUCACGAGUACAGAGUUAUUUUUACAGACAGUAGAGCAGGAAUCUUGUGUAAAUAAACUUUUGAACUGAUUUAUAUACAGAUAAACUUGUGCUUUGAUACAUUUGAAGUUAAUUAAAUUAUUCUGUUUUAA